AUGACUCAAUUCCAUUCUUCCUCGGCCUUUGGACAGAUUUCCAAGCCCAAGCAGACGAGGAACGAAGCUGCGCCCGGAGGUUUCGCCCGGCUUCUGCAAGACCGGUCAGCUCGAGCCCUCUCCAUCAGCUUCAUGCCAGCCUGUCUGCGCUGCAGCAGUCCGAUGCAACUACCCGUCGCAUCUGCU